AUGGAUUUCUUGAAGCGCUUCACGAUACAAUCUUCUUCUCCAGCAGAUAACACACCAGAUCCAUAUGCCGACGACGAUAUCUAUCCAGUGCAUGUACUAGAUGACACGAAGGCUCUCCGUAGCAUGUUAAUCACAUGCACGUUCUGCUUCAACAAUGCCAAUGGCAAACUAGAAAUCCACGUCCCCCGCGCUUUCACGCCAUCCCGCCCCGCCUUCUCCUACACACACGACAGUAUCAAUACUUCCAUCCAGGACCACGAACUAACCAGGAAACUGCCCCUAUCACCCGAUGGAAGUAUUAAAAUCAGUCCCGGGCCCACAGACUUCAACGACCUAGCUGCUUCACCUUCCGCACCUGCAACAAUCGAAGAUCUCCUCUCCGGGGACGUACCCCAGAUAUCCGUGCAUAUAACUUCCUUUACCAAUGCAACAUUUGUGGGCCUAACAUGGCCGCACACUCUAAUGGAUAUCAUAGGCCAAGCUGCUUUGCUUCAAGCGUGGUCGAGGCUAUUAGCUGGUCGGGAUGCCGAAGUACCGCCCGUGCUGGAUGCACAGGAAGACAAAUUGACAGCGUUGACUAAUAAGGCUACUGACGCGGCGGAAGAAUACGCGCUCAAAUCCAAACAGCUAAAAGGACUGAGUUUUGUGAAGUUUGGAGCGAGAUUGGCGUGGGAUAUAUUAACAGGGACGAAGCCGGUGACAAAGACGAUUUAUCUCCCUAAGAGCGUUAUGGGGAAGUUGAGGGUGAGAGCUGAGGCAGACCUCUUUGCCUCUUCUAACAACGACGACAACGACAAUGAUGAUACUAUAGGAGAGAAGGAGAAACCAUUCAUAAGCGACGGCGACAUUCUUACAGCAUUCACCCUCGACUGUAUCGCCUCCUCCCUCCCCACCCCGCGUCAAAUCACCGCCCUAUACCCAAUAAACUCCCGAUUCCGCCUCCCAUCUCUGAUCAAUGCGAAAGGUGUAUUUCUAUCGAAUAUGUCCAUCCCCGGCUUCACUUUUCUAGGCCCCGCCAUGUCUACCGGCUCCCUAGGUCAAAUUGCCCUUUAUAACAGGCAGAGAUUGUUGGAACAAGCAACAGAAGCUCAAAUCCUAGCUAUUCUGCGUGAACAAUUGAUGUCCGGCGACCCUUCCGCCCUCUACAGUGACGCGGAUGCGUUGUUGGUGGUGUUUACGGAUUGGACGAAGGCAAAGAAUUUCUCUGCGAUUGACUUCUCUCCAGCGGUGAUACGGGCGGGUGGUGAUGGUAGAACUGGGGAGGAGAAUGGGAGUGACAGCAAGAGAUAUAAUCCACCUGGCACACCCGUUUUUUAUCAUGCGUCGACUAGGAGACCGAAUCCUGCGGCGAGGUUGCUGGUGAAUAUUUUGGGCAGGGAUUAUAGUGGGGGGUAUUGGCUUACGUUAACUAUGAGUCCAGGGGCUUGGGAUAAGGUUGAAGAGGGGUUAAAGGAGUUGAGUUGA